CAGAUGCAACCUCGCCGCGAGCUUUGGAAAGCUGUGUCUAGGGUCAUUGAUUUUUAACACCUGCACAACUUUAGAAUUUCACCCUUAGCCCUCAGCUCUGGUGCCAUUUCACAAACAUCCCCAUCGAUUCCCUCUUCUCAGCAAAGAAGCCGUCAAUAUGGAUGAUACCGAGAGCGCCCUCGCGCCUAAGUUCGCGCCCUUCAUUGGCAUGGCCGGCAUUGCAGCAGCCAUGAUCUUUGGCAGUGCUGGAGCCGCAUACGGCACGGCCAAGGCAGGAAUCGGUAUUGCGGGUGUCGGUACAUUCAGACCAGAUCUGAUCAUGAAGUGCUUGAUCCCCGUGGUCAUGUCCGGAAUUAUCGCCGUCUACUCUCUCGUCAUAUCCGUCCUCAUAGCCGAAGACAUGGCGCCGCCAUCGCAACAGAAGUACAGCUUGUUCAACGGCUUCAUGCAUCUUGCCUGCGGGCUCUCAGUCGGAUUGACAGGCCUCGCCGCUGGCUACUGUAUCGGCAUUGUCGGAGACAAGGGCGUCCGUGCCUACAUGGAACAAUCCCGAAUCUUCGUCGGCAUGGUUCUGAUUCUCAUUUUUGGAGAGGUUUUGGGUCUAUAUGGGCUUAUUGUGGCGCUUAUCCUCAACACCAAGAGCAAGGGUUAAACAACUUUCUGACGGUAUGGAGACAAUCGAAUCGAUCAUGCAGAAUGAUCCCGCUGAUAAAAUGGAACAAAUAUAUAGUCGAGCUCAUCCUGAACCCCGCGAGCUGGCUACACGACCAACGUGCUCGGCUCAACCACAAAUUGGACGAACUGAGGCGAUCCAGGGGAAGCUGGGUUUGUACCAAUAUGGACACGUUUGUCUCAAUAACAGCAUAGUCGCCGGCGUUAUAUGGGUUAUGUAGAAUCAAAGGUGCGUUCUAGAACGUGUUGAUGGUUGGCAGGACAUACAAAGACCUCAGUUUGUGCUUCUCUCGAGGCGAAACAAAAUGACGCAUCAAUCCAAUUCGUACAGUGUUUAAACCCACGAAGUUUUUGUCCAGCCAAUAUGCU